GGCGGCGCUUGCGCACUCGCUCGUCCGGCCUGGGCCGCCGGCCCGGCGCGGGCGCCAUGAAGCUGCUGCGGCGCGCGUGGCGGCGGCGGGCGGCGCUAGGCCUGGGCGCGCUGGCGCUGUGCGGGGCGGCGCUGCUGUACCUGGCGCGCUGCGCGGGCGAGCCCGGGGGCCCCAGGACGGCGUCGGGCCGCAGCCCCCCGCCCCCCGCGCCUGCGCGCGCCGCCGCCUUUCUGGCCGUGCUGGUGGCCAGCGCGCCCCGCGCCGCCGAGCGCCGCAGCGUGAUCCGCAGCACGUGGCUGGCGCGGCGCGGGGCCCCGGGCGACGUGUGGGCGCGCUUCGCCGUGGGCACGGCCGGCCUGGGCACCGAGGAGCGGCGCGCCCUGGAGCGGGAGCAGGCGCGGCACGGGGACCUGCUGCUGCUGCCCGCGCUGCGCGACGCCUACGAAAACCUCACGGCCAAGGUGCUGGCCAUGCUGGCCUGGCUGGACGAGCACGUGGCCUUCGAGUUCGUGCUCAAGGCGGACGACGACUCCUUCGCGCGGCUGGACGCGCUGCUGGCGGAGCUGCGCGCCCGCGACCCCGCGCGCCGCCGCCGCCUCUACUGGGGCUUCUUCUCGGGCCGCGGCCGCGUCAAGCCCGGGGGACGCUGGCGCGAGGCCGCCUGGCAGCUCUGCGACUACUACCUGCCCUACGCGCUGGGCGGCGGCUACGUGCUCUCGGCAGACCUGGUGCGCUACCUGCGCCUCAGCCGCGACUACCUGCGCGCCUGGCACAGCGAGGACGUGUCUCUGGGCGCCUGGCUGGCGCCGGUGGACGUGCAGCGCGAGCACGACCCGCGCUUCGACACCGAGUACCGGUCCCGUGGCUGCAGCAACCAGUACCUGGUGACGCACAAGCAGAGCCUGGAGGACAUGCUGGAGAAGCACGCGACGCUGGCGCGCGAGGGCCGCCUGUGCAAGCGCGAGGUGCAGCUGCGCCUGUCCUACGUGUACGACUGGUCCGCGCCGCCCUCGCAGUGCUGCCAGAGAAGGGAGGGCAUCCCCUGAGCCGCCGCGGCCCGGCCCUCCGGGGCACCCGCUUCACCCAGCGGCGCCUUGGGGCAGAUGCCGAGCGCGCGCCAUGCCCGGGCCCCAGGGCCCCCGUCCCGCGGCCACGCCCGUGGUCGCUGCCUCCCCGGCCUGCGUUUGGGAGACCCCUGGGGGUUGCCGGGACAGCGCGCCGUGUCCAGGUGGAGGUGCCGGUUCCUGGACCUUAGCGAGCCUAAGCGGGGCCCGGCCGCACGCUGACCCCCGUGCUGUCCGCAGCCGGCUCACGGGGCUGGGCCCCGAUCUUCCGUGUCUCUUAUCAGUGGCGUUUUUCAUGUACGUGUCUCAGAUCUAACGUGAUUUCACAUCAGUCCGAUUUCAUGGGAUUUUGGUCUCUGUCCAGUGACUUCGUGGUAAAUAUAACUCAGUGUUUGCUUGUAACUUAUUUAUAAAUAUUGUAAGUUUGUGUCGAUGUGAGUGUAAGUUGGCAAUGUGAAGGUCUCGGGUUUUUUACAUGGUUUCAGGAAACACUUCUAUGUCAGAACUUGGUGCCUGUACCGUCGGCCCCGCUGCUGCGUGUGUUUAAAGGCAGGAGAACUUUAAAACUGGCCAUUUAUCUUUUCAGUGUACACGUCAUUGGACUCAUUGUUUCUUUCUGAAGAGAUUUUCCUUUUAAGGCUUCCCGUGGGUGCGUGGCGCUGCUUUAUUUCAGACUCCACCCCAGGUUCCAGGAACCGAACCCCGGAGAGCUGAUGCGGUUCCAAUUCCGCCUUAAGAAAAGAGGACCAGCGGGCACCCGGCUUGCCUCUCGCCUACCUUAACACCUCCUUGGAAUCCCCUCAUUUAACGAGAAGAGUGAACACUGCGGUCCUUGCCAAAAUAAAAUAAAGCUGCCCCAGGACAAGGGGUGACCAUGAGC